CUCAGAGCUCGGCGGCGGCGGCGGCGGCGGCGGCGCGGGCAGCUGGCGCCGCGCGGUCCCGUUCGGGCGCACGGACGCACCGGCGGCGGCAGGGGCGGGCUGCGAGCCGGGGCCGUGGGAGCCGCGCGUGGCGAGCCGGGUUCCAGAGGCGCCAGACUCCGGCGUGCGCCUUCCUCCCUCUCGGGCCCCGGCCGGGCCGUGGGGGGCAGCAUGCCCGCGCGCGCCGCCUGAGGACGCCGGCUCGGUCCCCGCCAUGGGCGCCCCGGCCCGCGCGCUGGCACUCUGCGUGGCCGUGGUGGUCGUGGCCGGCGUCGUCUGGGAGCCUGCGGGUCCGGAGCGGCGUGUGGUGCGGAGAGCCGCAGGGGUGCCCGGGUUGGAGCCCAGCCGACAGGAACAGGUGGUCUUUGGCAGUGGGGACACCGUGGAGCUGAGCUGCCACCUUCCUGGAGGUGGCCCCCUGGGGCCCACCGUCUGGGUCAAGGACGGCACGGGGCUGGCGUCCACGGACCGCAUCCUGGUCGGGCCUCAACGGCUGCAGGUGCUGAACGCCUCCCAGGAGGACGCGGGGGCCUACAGCUGCCGGCAGCGGCUCACGCAGCGUGUGCUGUGCCACUUCAUUGUGCGGCUGACCGAGGCUCCGUCCUCGGGAGAUGACGAAGACGGCGAGGAUGAGGCCGAAGACACAGGGGCCCCUUACUGGACCCGGCCCGAGCGGAUGGACAAGAAGCUGCUGGCGGUGCCGGCCGCCAACACCGUCCGCUUCCGCUGCCCGGCCGCCGGCAACCCGACGCCCUCCAUCUCCUGGCUGAAGAAUGGCAAAGAGUUUCGCGGCGAGCACCGCAUCGGCGGCAUCAAGCUGCGGCACCAGCAGUGGAGCCUGGUGAUGGAGAGCGUGGUGCCAUCGGACCGCGGCAACUACACGUGCGUGGUGGAGAACAAGUUCGGCAGCAUCCGGCAGACGUACACGCUGGACGUGCUGGAGCGCUCCCCGCACCGGCCCAUCCUGCAGGCCGGGCUGCCCGCCAACCAGACGGCCGUGCUGGGCAGCGACGUGGAGUUCCACUGCAAGGUGUACAGCGACGCGCAGCCGCACAUCCAGUGGCUGAAGCACGUGGAGGUGAACGGCAGCAAGGUGGGCCCCGACGGCACGCCCUACGUCACCGUGCUGAAGUCCUGGAUCAGUGAGAAUGUGGAGGCCGACGCGCGCCUGCGUCUGGCCAAUGUGUCGGAGCGGGACGGGGGCGAGUACCUCUGUAGAGCCACCAAUUUCAUAGGCGUGGCCGAGAAGGCCUUUUGGCUGCGUGUUCACGGGCCCCAAGCAGCCGAGGAGGAGCUGGCGGCGGCCGGCGAGGCGGGCAGCGUGUACGCGGGCGUCCUCAGCUACGGCGCGGGCUUCUUCCUCUUCAUCCUGGUGGUGGGCGCCGUGACGCUCUGCCGCCUGCACAGCCCCCCCAAGAAGGGGCUGGGCUCCCCGACGGUGCACAAGGUGUCCCGCUUCCCGCUGAAGCGCCAGGUAACAGUGUCCUUGGAGUCCAGCUCGUCCAUGAACUCCACGACGCCGCUGGUGCGCGUGGCGCGGCUGUCCUCCGCCGAGGGGCCCACGCUGGCCAACGUGUCCGAGCUCGAGCUGCCCGCCGACCCGCAGUGGGAGCUGUCCCGGGCCCGGCUGACCCUCGGGAAGCCCCUGGGAGAGGGCUGCUUCGGCCAGGUGGUCAUGGCCGAGGCCAUCGGCAUCGACAAGGACCGGGCCGCCAAGCCCGUCACCGUGGCCGUGAAGAUGCUGAAAGACGAUGCCACCGACAAAGACCUGUCGGACCUGGUGUCGGAGAUGGAGAUGAUGAAGAUGAUCGGGAAGCACAAGAACAUCAUCAACCUGCUGGGCGCCUGCACGCAGGGCGGGCCCCUGUACGUGCUGGUGGAGUUCGCGGCCAAGGGCAACCUGCGGGAGUACCUGCGGGCGCGCCGGCCUCCGGGCAUGGACUACUCGUUCGACACCUGCAGGCUGCCCGAGGAGCAGCUCACCUUCAAGGACCUGGUGUCCUGCGCCUACCAGGUGGCCCGGGGCAUGGAGUACCUGGCCUCGCAGAAGUGCAUCCACAGGGACCUGGCCGCCCGCAACGUGCUGGUGACCGAGGACAACGUGAUGAAGAUCGCGGACUUCGGCCUGGCCCGCGACGUGCACAACCUCGACUACUACAAGAAGACCACCAAUGGCAGGCUGCCCGUGAAGUGGAUGGCGCCCGAGGCCCUGUUUGACCGCGUCUACACCCACCAGAGCGAUGUCUGGUCCUUCGGGGUCCUGCUUUGGGAGAUCUUCACGCUGGGGGGCUCGCCGUACCCCGGCAUCCCUGUGGAGGAACUGUUCAAGCUGCUGAGAGAGGGCCACCGCAUGGACAAGCCGGCCAACUGCACGCACGACCUGUACAUGAUCAUGCGGGAGUGCUGGCACGCGGCGCCCUCGCAGAGGCCCACCUUCAAGCAGCUCGUGGAGGACCUGGACCGCGUCCUCACCGUGACGUCCACUGACGAGUACCUGGACCUGUCGGCGCCCUUCGAGCAGUACUCCCCGGGCGGCCAGGACAGCCCCAGCGCCAGCUCCUCCGGGGACGACUCCGUGUUCACCCACGACCUGCUGCCCCCCGCGCCCCCCAGCAGCGGGGGCCCGCGGACUUGAAGGGCCGGGCGCCCCAGGCCUGUGAGAGCCCACCCUGCCGCCGCUGCCCAGUGCCCUGGCCUCGGGUGCGCGUGCGUGUGCGUGUGUGCGCGCGUGUGUGCGUGUGUGGCUGUCCCGAGGCCGCGGACAAGGACAGCAGCACGGAGGGGACCAGAAGUAGAAUGUAGGGGACGCCCCCCACCCCCGCCGCCAGACCCCUGGGAGGGAGGAGCGGCCGGGCCCGAGCUGAGCCUGCCCUGCCCGGGGGCUCCGAGCCAGAUUACGGGUACCUGAGGGCGGCAGCCUGGCCUCUGCCCGGCAGGCUUCUUCCAGACGCGCGCGAGUGUGGACCUCCGCGUCCGGGAGGAGGGGGCCGCUGGCGCCGCCCACGCAGAGGCCCGCGGGGCGCGAGGGAUUUCCUGGCACUGCAGUUUUGUUCUAAAAAUUGUACCUGGACCUGGAUAUUUAUCGGCCCCCCAGACCCCCGGCCCCGCCCCGGCCCCUUUUAACUUAUUCACAGCCGAGCCGGCCGAGGCCCGGCGCUCGCCGCGGAGGUGGAGCCGUGCGGACGGCUCGUUCCCCUCGGCCGUCCCUGGCGGGAAAUGAGAUUUCUGGAGGGGAUUUGGUUUUUUGACUUCAAGGCAAGCUGGUAUUUCCACACCAACCCUGCUUCUAAUUGCUGCCUGUGCCGGGCGGGGCGGGGAGCCGGCCCUGCGUGCAGGCUCCACGUUGUCAGAUGUUACAAGUUUAUAUCUAUCUAUAUCUAUAAUUUAUUGCGUUUUUACAAGGUGCAUUUGCCGUAGACUUAACACUUCUUGCGCAACGCUUCUAGACUUUUACAGCCUGGGCUGCUACUUUUCAAAGCUUGGGAGUGAAAGCUGCCGGUCGAGUUUCUUCCUUUUGUACUGUUUGGGUGGCCGGCUGUCCCUGCACGGCCAGCGGCGGCCAGCGGGCGGGGCCCAGUGGCCCAGUGGGCAGGGCUGCCAGGCCCCGGUGGUGGGUGUGGCUGUGUUAACCCAGCCGACGGACUUUCCAGAACAUAAAGACGACCGGUUCCGA